ACACUUUCAUCACUCCCCCUCUCUCCAAAAUCACUCCAAAAUCACAAUCAAAAUCCUCUAAAACCCUCCAUUGUUUCAGAAAUUUCUGGUUAUUAAGCUCUGGGUUUCUCCAGUUUUUCUUUUCUUCACAAGGAAAGAAAAUAUUUUUUCUCUUUUCUUCCAAAUUUAUCUUUCUGUUAUAACUUUCCCUUUAAAUUCCUUCUGGGUUCUCUCUUUUUCCAUCACUCUAGGUAGAAUCAGAGGGUUUAAUUUCUUCCUCUUUUUUCUCUGCUCUUCUUAGUUGAUACUGUUUUUAUGUCUCUUUUGGGUACUUUCUUAGAGAUUUCUCUUAAACCCCUUUUUUCUUCAUAAAGAGAUUUGGAAAAAUCUAUCACUCUCUCAAAAAACCCUUUCUCUGUUUCUUCUCUUUAACCCUUUAUUCCUUAGACCUUUAAAGGAUUAAAGGAAGAAUCAAUUUCAAUCUUUCUUCUUAGACCCCUUUGUUUUUUCCACUUUCAAUGUCAAAACAAAUUAUCUGAAGAAUAAGAAGAAACGAGAUUUUUAACUAUUUUUACUGAUUCUGAAGAAAGAAGAAGAUGAUUGGUCAGAGUUGUUAUCUGGGUCCAAUGAAAUACUCUGAGCAUAAAAACGUUACAAGUAAAACAAUAACAAAGCCAUUAAUGAGGUCAAGAAAUUUCUCAUCAGCAGCAUCUAACGGUGGAAAAUCAUUUACAACUCCAAGAGUUGUACGUUUCUCAGUAACUGACGAAAAUGCUACUGAUUCUUCCAGUGAUGAUGAUGAAGAAGAAGAAAGAAGAAACGAAUUCUUCAGUCGUCACAGAGUCAAAAAGUACAUUAAUGAAAUCUCCAUUGAAGAAACUGUUACAGUCAUUCCUCCUCCUAUUCCAUCUACCACAACCACCGCAAUAGCUGCUGCCGUUACCGGAAAAAGAACACUAAAGGAGAGAAGCAAAAGAAACCGGAAGAAGAAAUCAUCUAACCCGAAACCACACCCGAUGCCUAAAGGUGUCGGUAAAAAAUACCGUGGGGUUAGACAGAGACCAUGGGGUAAAUGGGCAGCUGAGAUUCGAGAUCCGAAUAAGAGAAUACGGUUGUGGUUAGGUACAUUCAGUACUGCUGAAGAAGCUGCUCUUGUGUAUGACCGUGAAGCUAUCAGGUUACGAGGUCCUGAUGCUUUAACAAAUUUCGGUGGUAGAAAAUCACUAGAAAUCAUCAAGCCGAAGCCGGAACCGGCACAGCUAGAAGCACCGGUGGCCGAGUCUACAAACGUCAGCACUACACAUUCAGGUUAUGAUUCCGGUUAUGAGUGUCAUACAUCACCUACUUCCGUUUUACAGUUUUGCACAAACUCCGAUGUCAGCAGCAGUAAUAAUAAUAACAAUAACCCCAGUCUUGAAAACCGGCAACAGCUACCGGUAAAAGAAGAAGAAGGUGUUGGAGAAGUGGCACAAUUUACUAUGCUGCAACAACCAAAAAUGGAAGAAGAUUUUGAUGAUUUUAGCGGGCUGUUCUUAGACGGGCCGAUAUUCAAAGAGUUUAUGGAUUACCAACAACCAUCCAUGCCGGAGAUAUUUGGUGACGAGAAAAUCGAAACCAAUGUUGUUUUAUUGGAUGACUACUUCGGUGGCGGGGGUGGUGGUGGCGCAGGUGGCAGUGGUGAUAAUUCAUUUUUCAGUGAGUUGGAAGCAUCAAUGACGAUUAGUAAUCAAAACACCACCGAUUAUCUCCAAGACGUCGGCGAUUUCUUCCAAGAUCCUAUGUUUCAAUGUUUUUAAUUUUAAUUAAUAGGUCCCGUGGUAGUCAUUAAUACUAAUUAAGUUAUAUAUAAUAUAUAGUACUAAUAGUGGCAAAAUAAUAAUUAUUUUAUUUCAUGUGUGGGUAUGACUAGUUUUAUUUGGUGUUUCUUUUGUUCGUGUUCUUUGUCCGAUUAAUCGGCAAAAUUUUGUAACGAGCAUUAGAAACAACAAUUCAUCGGAGAAUUCUUUUUCUUAAUAUAAGAAAAUUUU